UCGAGACUAAUUAUGAAUUCUUUUCUUUCCAGAUGAACAACUAACGGCCUUAUUUUCACAAAGAGAAGACUAAAUUAACCAACCAAGAACACGGAAGAAGAGGACAGAGGGACCAAGAUUUUUUUUCGUAAUUUAAGCUUCAUAUUUUCAUUAAAGUAUGUUAUAAAUCUGAUUGGAAGGGGAUACGUAGAUAAUUUAUUUUUUUGCAAACAUGGGUCUCUUCAGCAAUAUUACGACAUUCGCGGGACAGAAUUACGGCAAAUUGAAGAAGGAUUGUCUAAAUAGAGGAGAGAAGUUUUCGGAUCCGAAAUUCCCCGCACACGAUUCGUCUUUGUUCUUCUCCAAGCAGCCGCCAGUGGUCAUCACGAAGAGACCCCAUGAAAUUGUGGACAAACCUCAGCUGUUCGUGGAAGGAGCAAGUGCCAAUGAUGUCACGCAGGGUCAGCUGGGUAAUUGCUGGUUUGUGGCCGCAUGCGCCUCCCUCGCUGGGGUCAAGGAGUUGUGGCAUAGGGUGAUCCCAGACUACAAGGACCAGGAGUAUGGCGAACUCCACCCUGGCAUCUUCCACUUCCGCUUCUGGAGGUUUGGCGAGUGGCUGGACGUGGUUAUCGAUGACCUCCUUCCGACCAUUGAAGGGGAACUUGUCUUUGUCCACUCAAGGGAGAGGAAGGAAUUCUGGUGUGCGCUGCUCGAGAAGGCAUAUGCUAAACUCCAUGGUUCCUAUGAAGCCCUUGAGGGCGGCAAUCUGAGUGAUGCUCUUGUAGACCUAACCUCUGGCGUAUCAGCACAUCUAGACCUGACUGUGGGUGGGUACACAGAUGACUUUGAGAAGCGCAAGCAACUCUUCAAGAUGAUGGCCAAGGAAAUGAAUGAACACGCCCUCAUGUGCUGUGCUAUAACUCCCCACUCCCACGAGGAAGCCGAGAUGAGAACAAACGUGGGCUUGGUGAAAGGCCACGCCUAUGGCAUCACAGCAGUACGGAAAAUCAACAUCGGCGAUACAGGACUUUUCUCGAUUUUUAAGGGAGCGCAGAAGAUCCGCAUGGUCCGCCUCAAAAACCCGUGGGGUGAACGCGAGUGGAACGGAGCAUUUAGUGAUGGAUCGCCAGAAUGGUCAAAAGUCUCGGCAUCAGAGAGGGAGAAGUUAGGACUAACUUUUGAAGAUGAUGGAGAGUUUUGGAUGACGUUUGAUGACUUCGUGGAGCACUUCACUGACCUCUCCAUCUGUUUCCUUAUCAACACCAAAGUCUUCAGUCUUAGUAAAACUUGGCAUGAGACUGUCUUUGUGGAUGCAUGGACCAUCGGCAUCCGAGGCCACAACUCGGACCGGGCAGGAGGGUGUCCAAACCACAAGGAUUCCUUUUUGCGUAAUCCACAAUAUCGUUUUGAUAUCAAGGAGGAGAGUGAUGAUGUUAUAUUCCAGCUGAUGCAAAAGGACACACGUGAUAGGAAACAGGAAGGACUCCAAAACCUUGUAAUUGGAUUCCACAUAAUGAAGGUUGAGGAAAACAGGAAAUACCGUGUUCACAGGAUACAUGAGAGCAUAGCCACAUCAGACUACAUUCGCACACGUGCAAUAUUUCUGCGAGAACAGUUGAAACAGGGACGUUAUGUCAUUAUGCCUACUACUUUUAAGCCUGACGAAACUGGAGAAUAUAUCAUGAGAAUGUUCACAUCAAAAGAUGCCAAUGCAAGAGAGCUCACUCUGGAUCAGCCUCGAAUCCGCUGGUACUCUUGUGUCAAAAAGCCAGUCCUUGUGACCACCAUCACCGUUAAAGGUGCUUUCAACCUGGAGAAACAGUCGGCGUUUGGAGGAGAGGCUGAUGCAUAUUGCUUAAUAAAAUGUGAGAGUGAAGUGGUGAGGACGCCGAUAGAGAAGGGAACAUCCGACCCCAAGUGGGACACAACUGCCAUCUUUUACCGAACUAAACCUGGCCAGCCAAUCGUGCUCGAGGUGUGGAACAGUAAUCUACUAAUGGAUGGAUUUAUUGGCCGAGCGGAAGUUAUGGCUCCCAUCAACCCUAAUGUAACACAGGUGGAACUUCCGCUGUUUGGGCGAAGAAAAGAAAAGACGCUAGAAAAGCAGGGAAAGUUGGUAGUCCAGGUUUAUAGUGACGACGAUCUCACAAGCAUUUGAUUUUAGCUUAGAUGUUUGUUUGGAAUAUGUUGAGGUAAAAGUAAAUAUACUCUGUGGCAUUUAAGCAAAAUCAUGUAAAUGUGCUCUUAUAGUGCAAGAAAUUCAUUAUAUAUACACCUGACAUUAAGGUACUGACUGAAGUUAAGAAGUGGAAUAAAGUAACACAAGGUUUUUACUUAGAGAAAAAGAGAGAGAAAAAAAGGAAAAAAGAGAAUAAACAUAAAGAAAAUGCUUGGAAUUUUUUUUAUGUAAUGUAAUGGAAGGCAACAGUAUAUGUUUUUUCUGUAUUUGUAUUACUAUGACAAAUGAUAAGAAGGUGAUGUGGUUAAAAUGUUGAUGACUGGUGGAAGGAUGAUAAUGUAAAACUUAUAGGCUGUUGGAGAUCAUUUCACACAUUUGGAUAGCAUUAUAUGUGUAGUGAGAAGUACUUUUCAAGGGGAUGGAGCAGCACCAGUGAAAUUUAGGAUAGUAAAACUUUUGGUAUCUUUUGUUGUAAAUCAUCCAAAAUCAAGUUUGGGAAUAUUAUUAAUAUUGAUUAUGCAAAAAUGCUACACUGUAUACAUAUAUUUAUUGUGUAUGUUUCCUGAAGACAUCUGACUUAUAAGGACCAGAAGGUUUCGUAGAUAAUACAUUGAAAUGCUAACUGCCUCUCAGAAUGAAUAAGAAGACCCUGUUAAAUGCCCAUAGCUCAAUGCAGGAAGAAUUUUUUUGUUUUUGGAUCUUAUCACAGGAAUUAGAUCUGUUAGUAUCUUGCGUCCUUUAUUCAAAGCUUAGUGACAAAAUGAAAAAGAUGAGACAAAGUACGAUGCGCACAAAAUGCAUUAAUGUUGUUUGUUAAAAGUGAAGGUAGAAAGAGAAUGAUCUGUUUUUUUUUUUUACACCAUAUUUGCCUAGCAUGUAAUGGAGUAAGCUAGAGAAAUCCCAACAUUUUGAUUCUAAUAGGUAAUAUGAUAUGAAAUCAUAUGAAACUGAAUGCAGUAGAAUAUAAAUAAAGUGGGUUCAGAUUUUUUAUUCGUACUUAGGAUAAGAGAGAACGAAAUGAUCAUCAGAGAAAAAGAAUUGCAAAGAUCCUCAAGUUCUUUUAAUAUUUUAUCCAUUUGUUCAUUAUAUAUCAAAAUGCUCAGUUCUGA